CCAUCGAGUGAUCGCCUCUAAACGCUGCUUGUCCUCCGCAAGAGACGCACCACCACUUCGCUCACCGUUUUUUUUCACUUACUUCUUCACGAUGAAGGGGUACUUCCUAGCCAUUCUUCUCCUCGUGGUGGCAGUGACCAAUGCACAAAGACAACUCGCCCUUCCCGACCCCAGAUCUUGUGCCAACAGAGUAAAGCACGCCUCCUGGCGCGACCCACGUGGUGUAGUCCAUAAUUAUUUCUUUUCCUGGGAGCACGGUCCCACCCGGAACUUGGAAGUAGAUUGGUUGGAUGCCCGAAAUAUUUGUCGUCGUCAUUGCAUGGACGCCGUCUCGGUUGAAACCCCAGCGGAGAAUGACUUUGUAAAACAGAGGAUCGCUCGAGGUCGCGUCCGUUACAUUUGGACGAGUGGGCGCAAGUGCAAUUUCAACGGGUGCAACCGACCCGAUUUGCAACCCAAUCUUAUCAAUGGAUGGUUCUGGAGUGGUUCCGGGGGUAGGAUUGGGCCAAGCAAUAAUAGAGCCAAUGGGGAUUGGAGUCAUACGGGUGGGUUCGGCAGGGCUCAACCUGAUAAUCGGGAAAUCGCUCAGGGGAACGAUGAAGCUUGUUUAUCCAUCUUAAAUAAUUUUUAUAAUGACGGGAUCAAAUGGCAUGACGUCGCCUGCCACCACCUGAAACCCUUCGUCUGUGAGGAUUCCGACGAGUUACUUAAUUUCGUGAGGAGUAGAAACCCAGGAACUAAAUUAUAAUUUCCUUAAAUAAAAUAUAGCAUUUCUCUGUUAAUAUAAAACCACAAAAUAGUUAAAUAAAUAAAUAAGAAAAAACCGAAAAAAAAC